AUGGGCAAGAAGAGCUAUCAGAACUAUGGGAAGACCUUCCGCAAGCCGAAGCGCCCCUUCGAGAAGGAGCGUUUGGAUGGAGAGAUGAAGAUCAUUGGCGAGUAUGGCUUGAAAAACAAGCGUGAGGUCUGGCGAGUCCAGUACGCGCUGGCGAAGAUCCGCACAGCGGCCCGCACACUCCUGACCCAGGAGGAGCGCAGCGAAACGCGCAUCUUCCAGGGAGAAGCCCUGCUGCGUCGCAUGGUUCGUCUUGGUCUUCUGCUGGAGUCAGAAAAGAAGCUGGACUUUGUCCUCGGGCUCACCACUGCGAAGAUCAUGGAGCGCAGGCUCCAGACGAAGGUGUUCAAGCUCGGCCUUGCUAAGUCCAUUCACCAUGCGCGCACCCUGAUUCGCCAAAGACACAUCCGCGUGGGCAAGCAGAUUUGCGACAUCCCAUCAUUCCUGGUCCGAUUGGACAGCGAGAAGCACAUUGACUUUGCCCUCACAUCGCCAUUCGGUGGUGGCCGGCCAGGGCGUGUGCGCCGCAAGAUGAUGGCGUCCAAAGGCCCAGUGGCGGAGGUGGAGGCGAUGAUGAGGAGGCAGCGGCUGGAGUGCUGGGAUCGCAGGGAGACCACAGAAAAAAGUGUCCAGCCUUUGCACCUUCCCAGAUUGCAACGGGUUCCAGCUGGAACGACUGCUUUCACCAGGUGUAUACUCCAUCCUCCGCUGACGCCUCCCCCAGCUUUCACAGCUCCGAAGUUCAAUGAGCUGAUCAUCUACGAGCUGCAUGCCGGGCACAGCCUCGGCAUGGCCGUGCUCUUUGACGUCGUUCUCAAUCAUGGCCUGGUGUCUAAGAGCUCAUCGAAGAUGAACGUUCUUUGGAAUUGGGACGGCUUUGGCCCCGACAACUGUGGAGGAAUCUAUUUCGAGGGCGAGAAGGAUACGCCUUGGGGAAAGCGCUUUGCCUUCCACAAGGCCGAGGUGCAGGACUACCUCAAGCAGUCUUGCCGGACUUGCAUUGAAGAGUACGGGGUGGACGGCUUGCGCUUCGACUCCGUGCACAACAUGCCUUGGUGGCUGUUGCAGCAGCUGACUUUUGAGAUCAAGGCGCACUAUCCAGACAAAAUCCUCAUCGCGGAGAUCACGCCAGAGAACCCGAAGGUGCUUCACGAUGCUGGGCCACCGGCUUACAGGCUUUCAGGUUCCACUCUUGCUGGUUGCAUGCUACCCACUUUGAUUCGGUCGGUCAAGAUCAUGAAGGGCUCCGAUGGCGGCGCCGAUCCGAACAAGCGGCUGGGCAUGCUGAAAAAUAUGGUCUGCAUGACCAGAUUGGAGACAGGCAUAACGGAAAUCAAGCACGGAACCCAUCGCUACUACGUCAGCCGGCUUGGCGGCAAGGGCAACUGGCAUGCGCGUGCGUGCCUCCCGAUGACCUUUAUGGGCCGCCUCGGCUCUUUGAAGGAGUGCUCAGGUGAAGACGCGGAGGACAAGCAUCAUCGGCUCAACUGGGGGCUGCUUGAAGGCGGCGAUCCGCACACAGCAGAGAUGCGAGCAUUCGAUGGUGGCAGCACGAUCUUGGCCUUUAUGCGCUGGACCCAGGACACGGCAGCACUUUGCAUUGCCCACCUGGCCGAGUCCCAGUGGGAAAGACAGCUAUGGGGCCUGCUUCCCAGGAAGAACCUGGAAGCUGGCUUUGAACUCCCAGGCCAAAGAGCCGGAUCCUCUGCGGGACUGGAGUAG